CGGCGCAGGCGCAGCGGCACUUCACACAACCGCAAUAAGCAAACAUGGCGGCGGCCGUCGACAGUGUUGUGAAAGUGCUGGGAGAGCAGUAUUACAGAGAUGCCAUGGAGCAGUGUCAUAGUUACAACGCUCGUCUGUGUGCUGAGCGCAGCAUCCUCAUGCCUUUCCUGGACUCUCAGACUGGCGUAGCCCAGUCCAACUGUUACAUCUGGAUGGAGAAGAGACACCGGAGUGCGGGUGUAGCUCCAGGGCAGCUGUACACGUACCCAGCCCGUCGCUGGAGGAAGAAACGGCGUUCUCAUCCCCCUGAGGACCCCCGGUUAGCUUUCCCUCCUCUCAAAGCAGCAGAUUUGGAGCUGGGACUGAAGCGUGAUGCGUUGGGGGCGGUGGAUGGCAGCAGUCUGGAGGCCCUGCUGAAAGGGGAACCCCUCGACAGGAGGAGUGGCGUGUCGGACCUCCGCGGCACCGAGGAUGACCCAGCCACGGUGGAGCCUCCUGCCACGUCGACGGUCACGCAAACAUCGUCUGGGCGUGUCCGCAAGAGAGUCCUGGACCACGACGACUACUUGGAUGACCUGGACGAUGAUGACUUUGAGGACGAGACUCCCAAGAGACGAGGCAAGAGCAAGUCCAAGGGUCGCAGCGACAAGAACGGCAAGAAGAAAACGGAGGCUGCAGCUGCAGCGCUGGAGGAGAGGGACAAACCUUACGCCUGCGACAUCUGUGGGAAGCGCUACAAGAACCGUCCUGGCCUGAGCUACCACUAUACACACUCUCACCUGGCCGAGGAGGAGGGCGAGGACCGCGAGGAGAUCGAGGCACCACCCACUCCUCGCCAGCCUGAGGAGCAGAAGACUACUAAGAAGGGUCCAAACGGGCUGGCGCUGCCCAACGAUUACUGUGACUUCUGUCUGGGAGACUCCACCUUGAACCAGAAGACUGGCCAAUCAGAAGAGCUGGUAUCCUGCUCAGACUGUGGGCGCUCAGGCCACCCGACAUGCCUGCAGUUCACACCUGUGAUGAUGGCGGCAGUGAAGACCUACCGCUGGCAGUGCAUUGAGUGCAAGUGCUGCAACGUUUGCGGCACCUCAGAGAAUGACGACCAGCUGCUGUUCUGUGAUGACUGUGACCGAGGCUACCACAUGUACUGUUUAACUCCCCCCAUGACUGAACCCCCCGAGGGGAGCUGGAGCUGCCACCUGUGCCUGGCUCUGCUGAAGGACAAAGCCUCCAUAUACCAGCAGAACCAGAGCUCCGCCCCCGAGUGACAUCCCAUCAGCAAGUCCCACCCCCUCAGCACCGGGACCCCACCCCCGAUCAAAGACAUCAGACCUCCUCUCAGUUCGGAGCUCCGGGCUCCGUCCAGAUGUAGUUGAGCCAGAUCGCAGAUCGGCUUUAGAAAUCUUCAUAUCUACAGCAUCAACGGGGGGAACUCAAAAACCAAAACAGACCUCAAAUCAGUCAAACAUCGGGAGCAAUCCGUCACUAACAACCUGCCUGCAAAGUCCCUGAGGCUUGCCAUCAAACACAUACAUAUUUUUGCGUGUACACAAUAUAGACACACACUCUCUCCCAGACUGUUAAACACACACACUCACACACACACACACACACACACACACACACACGCUAGAUACAGAGGCAGAGAGUAUGCAGUAACCAUAGUAACUGCUGUCUCCAUGGGAGCUCCCAAGAGCAAAUGGAUUAGCAUCCCAUGCUAAUUAUCUGCACCCUGUCACACUCAAAUACACCGUACGGACUGUUUAGACAACACGUUUUGUUUUUUUUUCCCCAAAUUAUCUAUUUUUACUCCCUGAACGUGGGGAAAGGAAAACUACACCACGUAUACGGUUGAAGAACAUUAAUAUUAUUAUUAUUAUUAUUAUUAUUGUUAUUAUUAUUGUAGUGGCCUUUUGUAGUGACAUUUGUCUGUGUACUUUUGUCUGAUCCAUUGCAUCGAUUAUCUUUUGAAAAGGUUUCCCUGAGGGGAGCCGAUCAGUGCCAAGGUCCAUCAUCAUAUGAAAUACACAUGACAGUGACCCACAGAGAACAUCACUCAGACCAUCGUGUUUCCUUUUAAAUCAACGGGACAAAGACUUUGGCUUUGACUCGUUUAGCUGUUAGCACAAGCUCUUUGGCCUUGCUACUUAAAAGGGUUGAAGCAAAACCAACUUUUCAUCACUGAUUCUGUUACUGCAUAGAUGAGUUACUUUAACCAAACACUACACAACUGAGCAUGUGCUGUUUGUUGGGCUCAUGAGAUAAACACUUUCAGUAUAAUGUCAUUUUUAAUAUUAUUUCCCCAUCAGGCAGAGCUAACAUUCUCUUAUUUUGAAAAACCUGAGUCAGAUAAUACUGUCGUUGUUGGGGAAACUGAUAGCAGCUCCAUAUUUAAGCCUGCUCUAAGUCCACGACUCUAGUAACCAUAAAGACGUUUUUGUGCUAGCUUUGUAGAAACCAUUUGGCAGUGACAUCGUUCUUCACAAGUGAUUGUAAACGGCUGCUGUCAAACCGACGACACACAGAAUCAUUAACAAACUGUAGCUGCUUUUAUCAGUUGUCACACUGAGGCAGAUUUGCAUGCAGACUGCACCUGUAUGAAUGCACACACACUCACAUCACAAGUUUAAUUUUUCGUUGUAUUGUUUGUAAUUUUUUUUUUUUUUUUUUUUUUACAUUUUAUAUUACCUGAUAAUCCAUUGGUAUUGGGAGUUUUUUCUAGUAGAAUUUUGUAAAGUCUAUCGUAUAGCAAACACUUCAAGUAUAUAGCUCCUAAUGCAUUCUAUGUACUGUAUUGACUUUUUAUAUUUUUGUUAUGACUGUGUUUGAAUUUAUUUGAUUAUUCGGAUAUGUCUGACCUCCAUUAUGAGUAUUUGUAAAAUGAUGUACUUUGUUGUACUAUUUUUAUUUUUUCAUUUCUUUGGUAUUGAAGCCGAUUUAG